CUGACUGAUUCUCUCUGCCUGCCUCUCCUUAGCCUGACGAUGGCUGAAGCCCAGCUGUGUGGAUUACAGGACGAGUUAAUUUGCUCAGUGUGUCUGGACACCCUGACUGACCCUGUGUCACUGCAUUGUGGUCACAGUUUCUGUCUGAAGUGCCUCACGGACUGCUGGGAUCAGAGCCAAGUGUGCAGCUGUCCUCAGUGCAGACACACCUUCACCACAAGGCCUGAACUGAAAAGAAACACUCUGCUGAAUGAAGUCAUCAAGAAAUUAAAGAAGACGGAACUCAGUUCUCCUUUAUCUCAGAAUUAUUCCGGCCCUGGAGACGUGGAGUGUGAUUUCUGUACUGGGAAGAAGUUCAGAGCGGUGAAGUCCUGUCUCACCUGCCCGGCCUCCUACUGUCAGACUCACCUGCAGCCUCACUAUGAAGUAGCAGCCUGGAAGGGACACAAGCUGGUUGAUCCUGACACAAAUCUAAAGGAAAAACUCUGUGAGAAACAUCAGAAAAGUCUGGAGAUGUUUUGCAGAACUGAUGAGAUGUGCAUCUGCAUGACGUGUGCGGUGACUGAACAUAACGGGCAUAAAAUGGUUGAAAUGGAGACGGAAAGGGAAGAAAAGCAGAAGCAGCUGGGGGCGACACUGAGUGCCAUCAAGAGGAGACUUGAGAAGAGAGAGAAGACACUGAAGGAGACGAGGUGGGUGAUGGAGGAGAUGAAGAUGACUGUGGAAAGAGAAAUCAAAGAAAGUGAGAAUAGCUUCACUGCUCUGAUACGGUGCAUUGAGGGAGCCCACAGGAAACUGACUGAGAGGAUCAGAAAACAAGAAAAGAGAGAAAUGGAGAAGGCUGAAGGAGUCAUGGAGCAACUGAAGGAGCUUUCAGAGACCAAGGACCAUCUCCACUUCCUGCAGACUUUGUCAUCUUGCUGUGUCCUUCCUGCUGAUGGAGACUCGCUGAGCUUCACUGUCACCGCUGAUUUCUCAUCUGAAGACCUGAGAAAGAAGCUGUCAGGUCUGACAAAGAGUGUGGAGAGGAUCAGCCAAGGGGACAUCACGACAAGGACUCCAUCAGGAGCUCCGCACUUUCAACCAUCUGCGCUGUGCAGGCUGCUAGGACACCAGCGUGUAAAACUGGAUCCGUGCGGAGAAGCCCAUACUGGUCAUGAUGAUACGGCUCCACAUGUGCCAGGACUUGCAGCGCCUCACAAUGCUCACCCGCUAGGCGGCCCCUUGUUCUCGUGGCAGCGCCUUCAAUAUACAAACGCUCAUGAAGCUCCAGUUUUCACCCUCCAGCCUCCUAAACCUCAGUGCAGAGACAAAUUUUUAAAAUACUUCUGUCCCCUCACACUGGACAUCAAUACAGCACACAGAGACCUCCGUCUGUCUGAAGGAAACAAGAAGGUGACACGUGAGUGGAGAGACACUGAAUAUCCUGAUCAUCCUGACAGAUUUGACAUCUAUUUCCAAGUUCUGUGCAAAGAGGCUCUUACUGGGACUCGCUGUUACUGGGAGGUGGAGUGCAGUGGAGACUUCGUGAUGAUUGGAGUCGCAUAUAAAGGGCUGAGCAGGAAAGGAGGGGGCUGGGAGUGCGGUCUUGGAAACAACGACAAGUCCUGGAGUUUGCGGUGGUCUCAUUCCCAGUACUCUGUGUAUCACAAUAACAAGGAGACUGUAAUCAGCGCCCCCUACAGCCCCAGAAUAGGUGUGUAUCUGGACUGGCCUGCUGGCUCUCUGUCAUUUUACAGCGUCUCACACACAAUGACCCUCCUGCACAGGUUCAACACCUCCUUCACUGAGCCCCUCUAUCCAGGGUUUUGGCUUGAUCUUCACUGCAGUUUUACGGUGAAAUGA